GCACUUCCCUUUAAGACAAAACAUAACAACUCAACAGCUGAUACAAAACAUGGCGGCGGUAAACACCGACUCGAAAGCCACCGGAGAGCAAAUUAAAGCCAUUUUGCGCCGCUGCAGGGGUCGCCCCCGGCUGACGGACGCGGACCGGGCGCAGCGGCGGCUGGAAUCGCGGAAGAAGUACGACGUGCGGCGCGUUUAUCUGGGAGAAGCACACCAGGUGUGGAGCGAGCUGCGCCGGCGCACGAGUCUGAGCGACGCGGGGCUCGCGGAGUAUUUAAUCCUGCUCAAUUCGGCAUAUGGAGAAAAAUACCAGCAGAAAUACGGCAGGAGGAAAUCCAUUCCUGAACAAUGCAGCAGUCACAGGAAAGGGAAGAAGGCGUCCGCCACCAGCCUGCAGGACGUGGUGAGCUGGUACCAGUGCCACUGCCAGUCCUGCCCGCAUGAGCCUGAGCUGCAGGCGCUGGAGCCCACCCUGGGGUUAUCUACAUCUGCACUGUGGCAGUGUGAGGCGGGUCACUCGUUUGUGCAGUGCCUGCCCUGGCCUGCAGGAGGAGAGUCUGAGUCAGACCUGGAGGACAGUGUGAUGGAGAAGGAUGAGGAGGACAGGCCUCCGGAGAAGAAAGCUGCUGACACUGAGAGGAGGAGACUACAAGACCACGGGCAGCUGCAGGAUGCAGUCAAUGAGUUGGAAGACGAUGAUGAACAUGCAUCCCAAAUGGAGCAUCAGAUGACAUGCACAUCCCUCAAUGAUCUCCCAGGAUCCCCUGCGGCCCACAGCAGUCCUCCCGCCCCGGCGGAGCACUGUCUGGGAGACCAGGCUGUGUGGGAGAUGGAGGUGCUCAUGAACCGAGAAGCCGAGUCUGAUGGAAAAGCCUCGGAUCGGGAUGCGGCGAGAGAGGUGGACCCUGUCACGGAGCAGGCGGACCAUUCAGGAACAUUAGAAAAUGAGGGAAAAGGUGGAGGGGGCUCGGAGGAGAGAUAUGAAUGCAUGGUUGUCACGGCGCCCUUGACGGACAGGCGGGAGAGGGAGGACGGAGAUGAUGGUUCUGGAAAAGGUGUGGAAGAGAGCAUCACGUCGUUGACGGCCGCCUCAGCACAGAGCGAACUAUUCGAGCGCCAGGAUCUGCAGACGGUGAUGGGCGAAUGUGAGCUCCCGGACCAGCACUCCACACUGGAAGGAUCUCAACUGAUCAUAAUUACAGGUCCCAGUUACGAGGCUCUGACGUCGGAAGGCAUUCAGCUGAACGUGGGCAGCGGUGAUGUCGAGGAGGUCACAUGUACUCUGAUCGGAGACAUGUCGUAUAAUCAGAUGUGCCAGUCAGAAGCAACAACACAUCCCAACACCGACUCAGAUCUGGGUGAGAAGCAGUUGUUAGAUCCUGGUGAAGAAACACACUGUUCGAAGAAGCUUCAGCAAUCUCUCAGUAGUGGUGUGUGUUUGUGUGUCAGGUCUAAGAGGAGCCGGAGGGGUCCAGUAAUCGAGGCAGACGGCAUGCUGAAGAUGUUCCACUGUCCGUAUGAAGGCUGCAGUCAGGUGUACGUGGCCAUUAGCAGUUUCCAGAAUCAUGUGAACCUGGUGCACAGGAAGGGCCGGACCAAAGUCUGUCCUCACCCAGGCUGCGGGAAGAAGUUUUAUCUGUCUAACCAUCUUCAUCGGCACAUGAUCAUACACUCAGGUGUACGAGACUUUAUCUGUGAGACUUGCGGCAAGUCGUUCAAACGCAAGAAUCAUCUAGAGGUGCACAGACGAACACACACGGGAGAGACGCCGUUACAAUGCGAGAUAUGUGGGUACCAGUGUCGACAGCGAGCGUCACUCAACUGGCACAUGAGGAAACACACGUCUGAAGCCCACUUCAAUUACACAUGCGAACACUGUGGCAAACGCUUCGAGAAACUCGACAGCGUCAAGUUCCACAAACUCAAGAGCCAUCCAGACAAACAGUCGACCUGAAGGACGCUUAAAGAGAGAGAAAACUCAUUCGUAUGUGCAGAAGAUUUUAAAAAAUCAGGACCUGCUUGAUUAAUAAUCGAAUAGAGGACAAAUGGACCGGCAAAACACAGAGAGACAUUGAUCGAGAGAAUCAAAACAAUGUUUUCUUAUCUGUCAAAAGUGUAUUUCUCUUUCCCGUGCUGGACACAGGAAAACAGAACUACUUCUGCUGACACUGCAUGAACAAACAUAUUAACGUUUA